AGAGAUAAAGGAAAUCGAAUCUACAGGUGUUUGGAGAACGGUUUGAUGCGUUUCAUACGAACUUUUGCAAGGAUGGCAUCUGAAGCAAAGCGGGUGAAGCUGAGCGGAGAUGAUCGGUCUCAGAAGCUCUCUGCCUUGACAGCUGCAGGAUGGAAGGAAGUAGAAGGCCGGGAUGCCAUCCAGAAAGAAUUCACUUUUGGGAACUUCAAUCAGGCCUUUGGUUUCAUGACCCGUGUGGCGCUCAAGGCAGAGACCAUGAACCACCACCCAGAAUGGUUCAACGUCUACAACCGUGUGGACAUCACGCUCAGCACUCAUGACGUCGGUGGGCUGUCCGAUAACGACAUCAACAUGGCCAAUUUCAUCGAGAAGGCGGCGACGACGUCAGCCUAGUAAUCUUUCCUUCUCUUGGAUUCCAGGGACCAGUAACCCAAAGCUUGGCAAUCAAUUUCAUUCUUCAUUUCAGUGAUUGAUUGUGAUUGUAGUCUAUGUGAUCUGUCGUAAAUAAUUGUGCUAUGAUCAUUGCUAAGUUUUGUGUUACGGGGCCCUCGGUAACGAAACCGUCAUCCAUCUACCUUCUUCAACCGUAGAAAGAGCAUUCAUACUGAAACACAAGAGAUGUGUGUAUGAAAAUGCAUUUAAAGUAUUUAAUAUGCAAGGAUUGUUUGUUAGGUUAUGUUAUGAACAAUGUCUUGCUUCAUGAUACCAAAAGGGUGUGAUACUUGUGUUUCCAUUUUGAAAACACAUUUACACUAAAACGUGACACUUGUGUUACAUUAACAUGCAUUCAAGUUAUGACACAAGUGUUAUACUAUGAAUAAUUCACUUUAUACACAAUACAUACUGCCGUACAUAGGCAAAAGGAAGCAAGUUACCAAAGUAUAAUUUGUUGUAAAUGAGCAAUGUGUGUUCGUCAUUUACAUAGGCGUCAAUGCAAUUUAACAGCAUAUUUUCUUCAAUAUCUUUCCAUAGAACGAUCAUUUCUUCAGGGUGGUUCAGAAACAACAAUAACUCAAAUUUGACUGAUGCGUCACUUGCUUCCUUUUGCCAAAGUUUGGCAGCAUACCAACACACCAUAGCCCAUAUUCCGAAGUCCCGUUUAAUUCAUGUCAUGGUCCAACUCUGGGAAAGUUGUGGAAAGCCGAAAAUAUCACAAAUGUGUGAUGUUUUUUUAUGUUCAUGGUGCUCUUUCACCAUGCUACAAAGGCGAAGAAAACUGAUCCCGUUGCUAUUUCCAGGCUAUGUGACUUCCCUAUUAGAACAACGCCAUCUUCGUCCUGGCUUGCGCUUUUCUGGUACUUUUGUCACUCUCCAUGUACCCAUGACACAUCUAAAGGGAUAUGGAAACCAUGCCAUUUCAUCUAUUGCUCCACGCCUCUGGAAUUCCCUCCCUUCUUCAAUCAAUCCGUGAAAUUGACAACAUUGAACUCUUCAAAUCAUCUCUAAAAUCUCACUUAUUUCAGCAGAUGUGUCGUAAUUAGCUAAAAAUGAAUGAGCCUGCGCCUGUGAAUUUUUUAAUCAGAAAUAUGGCACAAUAUAAAUCCUGUGGAUCAUCAUCAUCAUUUCCGGUAAGUUACGAAAGACCGGAGUAAGAGAUGAGCUUAUUAAUUGAACCUGUUAACAAUUUAUGUCGCGGUCGGCUUUCCAUAGUUUUAAUGACAAACAAGAGGUUGAAUUUAACCUGAGUUCAGAUAAAUGUGUUGUACCAGGAACUCGCCUUGAUGUUUUCAGACGAAAUGUGUGUAAAGUAAUGAUCAUGUGUCGGCACCAUAACACUUUUUUUUACAGAUUCUUAACAUCUUACAAUGUAUUUUCUUGACUUGUGUUUCUAUCGGAAAGUUAAUGAUUGCCCUGAUGACAGUUUUGUGAAACCAGCACCACCUGUCACCGUGUUCAUCCUUGCCAAUAAGGCUGAUAUUGAGCUAACGUUUUAUAUGCAGCUCACGGUCCCGUCUUGCAACAGAUAUACAUUAAUAAAUGUGAAUUCAUGUACAAUGACAAUGUGUAACAUGUGGUAUCAAAAAAUCAUGUCUGAAAUUCAUGUAGUCAAUAAUUCAUGUUCAUGAGGCAA